AUGGCGCUCCUGCACACUCAGUUCUCCACCUGGAGCAAGCGGUUCGCCUCUCUGACGCCGGCCAGCGAGGUGAUAUGCCUCAGCGACGAUGCGGCAGCUUCCAUCUGGGGCACGGCGUGGCUGGCGCAACACCAGGCCGCGGCCGCGGGCGCCGCCCCGCCGGCCGCGCCCACCCCAGCUGAGCAGCACCUAGCUGCGGAGAUCGAUGCGGCAAUUGCGCGCUUGGGCGGCGCCGUCACGCCGAAGCUGAACUGGAGCGCCCCUACCGACGCCGCGGCCGCGCUGGGGCCCCUUGGGCUGCGCUGCACUUGCGCCAGCCAGGUCAUAUCCCUGCUCCGCGCCUCCGAGCGCGUGGCCACCGACCUCGACCUCAUCCGGCGCCUGCGCAAUGGCAGCCACAACGGCGGCGGCGGCGGCAACGGCGGCGGCGGCGGUGUGGCGGCGGCGCCGCAGAUCGCGCUGCGGCAGUGGGAGGACGGCCUUGAGCCGGCGCGGGAGCUGCGGUGCUAUGUGCAGGACGGCGCCCCAACAGCCAUCUUCCAGCGCGACCCGGUCGGCUUUUUCCCCGGACUGCAAGACCUGCAGGAGCAGGAGCGCCUACGGGCCGCGGUCUGCGCGUUCCAUGCGGACUGCCUCGGCGGCUUCCCGCUGCCUUCCUACACCUUGGACGUGUUUGUCCCCGUCAGCGGCCCCGUUGUGCUCAUCGACAUCAACCCAGUCUUGGACACCUGCGGCGACGAUGGCAACGGCGGCGCCAGCGGUGGCGACGACGCCGCCGCCCUGGCCGCCGCGGCGCCGCCGCCGCUGCCCGCCGAGCUGGAGCCCGACUUAGGGGCCGGGGCCGCGCCUGCGGGCGCGCCGCAGGGCGAGGGAUCGCGGCCGGCCGGCGGGGGCUGGGGCGCGGGCGCGCCGGUGAUCGUGGUAGACGCGAACUCCCUCAGGACGCAGCUGCGCGCAGCGGCAGCUUGCCAGUAG